AAAAAUCUCGCUAGCUGAAGAGGAAGUGUAAACAUAGCCAGGCAUAAGCCAUUCAUCGUUGUUUUUUUAGGACUGUUAAAUUUACAUGCUGCGUUUGCUGAGGAACAAAUGUAUCAUGUAGAGUAAUAAUUAAAUAAUUAACCUUUCUGGAUACUCCAAACAGGCAAAAAUUGUCAUCUUGAUUUAAGAGACGUUUUCGAAAUGACCGCAACUACAGAGGAGACCUCGAGUAGGUUGGAUUCGCUGUUGCUGCUCUUGAUGGAUCAACUGGAAAGCCUUCAAGAAAAGCGAGGCUCGUUUAAUGCGCUAAUCGAGCAGGGCUGGUUUUCCUUGUCAAAAGCUCGUUAUUCAAUGGGUAAUAAAUGUGUCUCAGCUCUGCAAUAUGGACACGAGAUGGCGCCACUCGUUUAUGUCAAAUCAAGUUCAUUAAACAAAGGGCAGAUUGAAUUUUGCAUAGAGCGACAACAUCUUAAAUUGCCAGAAGAGACACUUCCAGUGGAAGUCAUUGGGCCGAAAGAAGAAGGUGUGAGAAGACGAAAAACAGCUCAGAAGAUAGAAGAGAAAAAUGAUGUUGCACUACCUGAACAAGCACCUCAUAAUAAUGAAAAGUCAGAGUCAGAAACGAAGGCCAAAAGUCAGUAUCAAGAUCCACUGAGGUGGUUUGGCGUUCUUGUGCCUCAGACCCUGAAACAAGCCCAGUCCAGCUUCAAGGAGGUAAUAAAAUUGGCAGCUGACAUUGCAACUCUGCAGACACAGAUAGAAGCCACAAGAGCCGAAUUCAGGACGCUGCUUGAACAGAAGCAAAACUUACAGAAGCAAAGAGACAUUUAAGAAUCAAACUAUGCUUCUUAUCAAGUUGAUUCCAGUUUUUUACCUUGCAGAUUUCUUUUUUUGGGAGAUGCCAAUGAACCCUUGAAGUGCAAUAAAAUCAGAAUUGCUAUAAUGUGAUCUUGUGUUCUUCAUAAUAUCUUUUUUGGCCUGUUCACAGGCAGCUUCACGAUAAAAGCCGGCAGCAUUAAAUAUCUACAUAGAAAACUAGCUGUGGUACCCGGUGUUGGCCAGGUAUACUUAUAUAAUGGGUUUAGAUAAGAAAGCAAAUGUUUCUGUUUUGUUUUUAAAUGUUGCCCAUUGGUUAUUACUGGCUGAAAUGCAAGUGUCUGAUCCAUCACCUACACUACUUGUAGCUCUCUGAUAACUAUCAAUUUCCCUGCUCUUAUGAGUUAACUUUGUUGUACAUUACUGGAUUCCGUAAUUGUAGAUCCUUGCUGGAACCAUGUAGACCAUUUGUUUAUAUUUCCUGUUUUAUCAUGGUUUCACAAAUAUUUGUUUAGGCCUAUAUUAAUAAACUGAAUGGCUUGUUGAAGAAUUGAAUCAUUGAUGUGGCAUGUAAGCUAUCAGAUUUUUUUUUUUCCCUCUUAAACCCCUACCCACGAUGAAAAUUUUGAAACUCCAUAAACUCUGUACAACCUUGUGAAAAAGUAAGUAACAUAUGAGGACAUAUCAAGAUUUGAUCUUCAUUUAAUCACUAUUUUAAGAUAAAUGUGAUUUAUUAAGGGAAAAAUGAAAAUGUGACUGCAAUAAUUUAUUCCACAAAAAAAUGAACUGAUGUGCCAUUUUUGUGUAUGGAAAAAGUAAGCACACCAUUGGCUCUAAUAGCUGGCCCUGCUGCCUUUGGCAGAAACAGCCUCAAGUAGACAUUUCCUAUAACUGUCUAUCAGUCUCUGACAUUGACUGGGAAAAUGUUUUUUCCUCCUUACUUACAUGCGGAGGUCUUUUAGCUGUGUGAUAUUUGAGAAGUGACUUACAUGUACAUCUUCUUUCAAACCCCCACUAUAUCAUGUCGAGGGUUUCAGAUCCAAUUCGGUCAUUCCAUUUCGGCCCUUCCGUGGUGGAUUUACUGGUAUGCUUGGGGGUCAUUGUUGCAGGGUCCACUUUCAGUCGAGGGUCUGUCUGUCAGAAGACAGUCUUGUAUUAUCCUCGAGCAUCCUCUAGUACAGUGAAAGAAUUAAUGGUGAGAUGAUCAGGGCUGGAUGCAACAAAGCAUCACAAACCAUAACAUUUCCAUCAUCAUGCUUUAUAGGUAGCAUCAGGUUCUUCGGUCAAGUGCUGUCUUUGGUUUUUUGCCAAACAUGUUUUCUGGUGUUGUGGCCAAAUAACUCUGUCUUUGCUCUGUCACUCCAGAACACAUUGUUCCAGACACCCUGGUCUUUGCCUAGGUUUUCCUGGGCGAACUUUAGUCCUUCCAUUUGUGUUCUUUCUGGACAGCAAUGAUUUUCUCCUUGCACAUCUCCCAUGUAGAUGCAAUUUGUAGUGGUAGAUUCAUGCACUAUGACCUCAGCAGUAGCAAGAGCUACCUGUAGCUCUUGUGAUGAAAUUCUGGAGUUCUUAGAGACUUCUUCUUUUAGCAUGUUGUGUCUUGCUCUUGGCCAGAACUUGCUGGGGUGGCCUUGCCUGGACAAGUUGGCAGUUAUUUGAAACCUUCUCCACUUAUAGAUGAUUUAAUAAACAGUGGAAUGGCUAAUGUCCAAUUUGGAGAUCUUUUUAAAUCCUUUUCUAGACUCCUAGACCUCUAUAAUCUUCUUUUUGAUGCUCUCAGAGAGCUCUUUCAAUUUAGGCAUGGUGGUAACACACACUUCAACACCACAGAACAAAUAAAACUAAAUUCUGUGUUUUAAAUAUGAUGGGUUCCUCAAAAAUCUUCUUUAAUGAUGUUCUAAGCAUUUGUCCCUUAUUCUUAUACUAGGUAUUUGAGGUAGUAGCAAAUGUAGAGGUUUGCAUGUGGAUAUGUUUAUUUAAAUUAUACAAUGGACUAGAAUAUUUUAGAAAAGAAUAUUUAUCAAAUUUUUUGAUAGCUCUUGCUCUAUGCACACCCGCAGUCUCCCUGCAACCCUUUCCUCUGUAUCCUCCUGUGUCUCAACCUUACCAGGUACUUCCUCUGUUGAUUGCGUUCUAAGACUGUAUUAUUUCAAGGGACCCUGUUCGCCUCCUGUCCGCUUUUUGAUUGCCACCAGUGGUAGAUGAACCUUCAUUACCAUCUGUGAAAAUAUUGCUUGUAAUCUUACAAUACCCUCUACUGACAUCAAGUCGGGUUGCACCUCAUUAGAAUUUAAUAACCCAAUGUCAGUCAGUACGUUAUUUGCUCUGUUGUUGAAAUGCUGCUCCUUUUUGGAAAAAAAAAAUGUCACUAUCAGGAACUGAACUUCACACCCCUAAUGUAUUGUGUCAUCAUCCCUACCACUGAGUCACCAAAGUCAAACUGUUGUGUCAUUAUCCUUACCACUGAGUCACCAAAGCCAAACUGACCAAACAGAUUGGGUCUAAACCCACACACACAGACAGUAUUAUUUUAUUAUACAGUAGAUACUAUUUAAAUGAAGAUCAAAUCUUUAUAUGUUAAAAACGAAACAAACAUGGUGUGUAUUUAGUUUUUCAAAUGACUGUAUGAUAAAUUGAGUAUAAUAUAUAUAUUAAAAUUUUCAUGAACCUUCACUUAA